AUGUCCACAGUAUUCAAGCAGCAGAAGAGCAAGCGGGACAAGGCCGAGGGCAUCGUUGCCAAGACCACAGAGGAUACCCCCAUCUUCAGAAACAAGCAGCGUGUCCUCUUGCUCUCCUCGCGCGGAAUCACUUCUCGCCACCGUCACUUGUUGUCUGAUCUCGGCGACUUGUUGCCCCACACCAAGAAGGAUGCCAAACUGGAUUCGAAAUCAAAACUUCACAUCAUCAACGAGCUCGCCGAGUUGAACAACUGCAACAACUGCAUCUUCUUCGAGGUCAGAAAGAGACAGGAUCUUUACAUGUGGUUGUCAAAGACCCCCAAUGGCCCCAGUGUCAAGUUCCACAUUCAGAACGUUCACACGAUGGAGGAGUUGAAGAUGACUGGAAACUGCUUAAAGGGAUCGCGCCAUAUUCUGUCGUUCGACAAGAACUUUGAGAGUUCUCCACACUGGUUGUUGAUGAAGGAGCUCUUCACACAGGUCUUUGGAAUCCCUAAGACCGCCCGCAGGAUCAAACCCUUUGUCGACCACGUCAUCUCCUUCUCGAUCGUCGACAACCGUAUCUGGUUCCGCAACUACCAGAUCACAGAAAAGCCCCUCGAGCACCGCUCCGUCACCGAUACCACCGACCUGACCCUUGUCGAGAUUGGACCUCGCUUCGUCAUGAACCCCAUCCGUGUCUUUGAUGGCUCAUUUGGUGGCCAGACCGCCUUUGAGAACCCAGAGUUUGUCAGCCCCAACGUUGCCCGUGCCAACGUCCGCAACUCCAAGGCUGGCCGCUACAAGUCCCGCAUGGAGGCUAUCGCCAAGAAGGACGAGAAGAUCAAGGAUGCAGAGAUGCCAGAGGAUCCCCUCUCUGAGAGCAACGUCUUUGCUUAA